GAUUAUCUGACAUGUACGUCUGACUAAACCACGUCAAACAAUGCGUUUAUUAUCUCUCUUCUAGUUCUAACAUUGUCUACCAUGAAGUAAUCAUUAUCUCUAAUUGGGUUGACCUGAUCACAUGAUGAAUGGUAAUGUCAUAUACCAGAGAUCAAUUCUAAUGUGUAUGUACCUAAGAUUUUGUGAUGGACUGUUUGAAAGUGCUGUAGUGUAACCAGUGUGAAAGGAGCUGGGAACUUCACCAACUAAAUAGGAAAUGCAAAUCCAACCUUUCAAAAUCUAAAUCAGAGCAUAACAGCCUAUGGUGCCUUGGUGGUCAAUUUUAGGAGUAGGAUCUGUUUUACUUGACUUUAUUGCUUGUUUUAAAUGUUAUACUGGAUAUUUCUUCUGUGCACUGUGCCAACCUGUAUCCUGCAUUUAAUCUAAUGACCUGGGUUUGAACAUGCCUCCUAUAAAGAAUUCCAAGUGGUUUUGAAGUAAUUCAUUUCAACAUUUUGGUGCUACUCGUUACUGCUGCUCUCAACAAUGGUUCGACCUUCAAAUUCUGGGCCGACAGAUCCUUUGGAUCCAACUGCCCGUACGCCACUGCUAGAAGGGCAGAACGGUGUUGCCGGAGGAGAUACUGAGCAACCCACACGAAGAAUGAAUGAUGAAUACGGACCAAAGGAUAGGCUUCGCGUAGUCUAUGGUUUGUUCUACCUCCUUGGGAUGGGAACUUUGCUACCAUGGAACUUCUUUACAACUGCCAAAUUGUAUUUCGAAUACAAAUUACGUAAUACAUCCUUGCCAGAUAGCGUUGACUACACCAAACCAGAGUACCAGACAGAACUUCAGGUGACGUUUGAGAACUACCUCGCAAUAGCUGCCAUGGUGCCCGGGGUACUUUUCAUGUUUCUCAAUACCGCAGUCACGAAAACAAUCCGGCUAAAGGUUCGCAUGGUGACAAGUCUGAUCAUGAUGAUUCUGCUCUUUGUAUUCACAGUCAUUUUAGUAAAACUAGACACAGAUGAUUGGCAGCUCAUCUUUUUCAUUGUCACACUGUGUUCUGUUGUCAUUAUAAAUGCUAGUAGUGCGAUAAUGCAGGGAUGCUUAUUUGGUCUCGCAAGUAUGUUCCCUGAGAAAUAUACUCAAGCUGUGAUGGGAGGACAGGCUCUGGGUGGUACCUUUUCUGCUGUAGCCAAUCUAGCUGCCAUCGCAGGAGCAUCAAAUGCCAUAGAGAGUGGUUUCGGGUUCUUUCUAUCUGCUGAAGCUGUGCUUUUGAUAUCUCUAGUUGCGUAUUUACUGUUGCCAUUUUCUAGAUUUGCCAAGUACCAUAUAGCAAAAUGCAGUGACGACGAUAUCCGGCCAACCACAGCUAAUUUUGAUAGCCUAUCACCUGAUCAGUUUCCUAGAUUCGUUCGACCGAAUCGACCAUCGUCACUGCUCAUCGUGUUCAGACGUAUCUGGUCACUUGGAAUGAGCGUCUUCCUCACAUUUGCCGUGACAUUGUCGCUCUACCCAGCUAUUCUCUCUGCUAUCAAUGCAAAGGAAAAAGGCAGUGGAAAUGCUUGGACGGACACCUUCUUUAGUCCUGUUGUGUGCUUCCUCAUCUUCAACGUUGGUGAUCUUGUUGGUCGGGUUGCCGCAGGAUGGGUUAGAAUACCUCGCGAUGGGAAGGGCCUAACGCUACCGUUGCUCUCUAUCAUCAGGAUAGCGUUUAUCCCUCUGUUUAUGCUUUGCAAUGUACAACCACGCACAAAUCUACCUGUGAUAUUUGAGGAGGACUAUUAUCCGAUUAUCUUCAUGGUGUUCUUUAGUACGACUAAUGGAUACGUGGGGACACUGGGCAUGAUGUAUGGACCAAGUCAAGUUUUGGCAGAAGACGCAGAAGCUGCCGGCUCAAUGAUGUCAUUUUUCCUGGCCCUUGGACUUUGUAUUGGGUCGCUGUUAUCAAUGGCUAUGAACAAACUAAUAUAGAACCGCAUCAUAAGUCGUAGUUCCACCUAUCAUAAAACCCCGUGUUUUUUCAAGACCCGUGUCUUCGCUGUGUGUCAAAAAACCCACGGCGCACUUACACCUAUCAGUUGUGAUAGAUAAUGGUUAAUAGCCUCGGCGACAGGUGCGCUGUAGGUAGGGAGCUCUCCUGUGUUUCUUUCCCGCUGGAGGGGGCGUAAUACCGAGGCAACUACACCGCGCCAUCUGUCGCCGGAUCUUAGAACUUGCAAUUGCCGUGUCUAUUCAGAUUCCACCUAUCAAAAAACCUGUGUUGAACAUGGGUCUAAAUUAGCCCCCGAUUAGCCCCAUCGAGCUCGAUAACGGGGAUUUGACACACGGGUCUAUUUAGAUACGACAAUUCAUAGGUGUAAGCGCAAAAGACACGGGGAUUUGAUAGGUGGAAGUACGACUAUUAUUAGACUGUAGCCUGUCAAAGACACUAUCAAAUACAAUGUACAUGUAUAUUAGCUGUGUAUUCACGGCGCUAAUUAGUGUAUAAUCUGUGAUUAUUUGUUUAUGGCAAUUCCGGGUAGUGGCGCAGUUGGUUGCAUUUGGUCUCUCAUGGGAGCCAAAAUGAAAGCAAAAAUGAGAGCUUCGCUUGAGCUAUUCUAGAACACCUCAAACUUGAUAAUCUUAGGCGUAAUCUAUCAAGAAUCGGCUUUUGACAAGAGGUCGGUAUCAAAUCCAUUCUAAAAUGAAAUGGCCAGGGCCAUUGUGCUCACCUCAUGUGGAGGAAAGAUGGAUAAAGAGCAUGGUAUUGUGUCAUGUAGUGUUAGGUUUGAUAUAGGUCCAAGCAAUUACAAUUUCCCCAAAAUGGCCAAUUUACAGUACAUUCGACCUCUGUGACCUUGAAAAGUUGGUCAAAUCAAAGAAGACCCGGGUGAUACAUUGAAUGGUUGUUAGAAUUAGAUGUACCUAUGAUAUAAAAUUGGUGCCAAUCGGGUACUAGGAAUAAUGGCAUUUUGAUGAAUUUAGGAUUUGGCCCCCUCCCUGGAGGCCAAACGGCAAAUCAGAUCGCACCAAACUUCGGUACCUGAGAUCACCUGACCAAAGGGUACAUGUGUACUUAAUUUGUGAUCAAUAGUCAUUGCAGUUAAGAAACGUGCCAUAGUUACGUCCUGACGGCGAAUUUACGUCAUUUGACCUCUGUGACCUUGACAAGAAGGUCAAAUUAAAAACCUGUGUGACAUAUACUGUAUGGUGGUUAGAUGUACCCAUGAUAUCAAAUUGGUGGCAAUCGGGCAAGAAGUUAAGGAAUUAUCACAUUUUUAAGGUUUUUGGAUUUUGCCCCCUGGUGGUCAAGUGGUGAAUCAUAUUGGACCAAACUUCGGUCCCUGA